UGAGCCAGGCCAGCUCUGCUUUCCCACCGAGGGGCGCCGGGAGGAAAAGAGGGCAGGGCGACUCGGCGAGAGAGAUAAACCCCCAAUCCCCAAAAUCAGAGCAAAAUUAAUAAAACCGGAGCGGCAGAUACAAUAAGCCGCCGCCGCCACCACCACCACCACCACCACGCCACCGCCCGCCGCUCCCCGCUGUAGCAGAAAAAAAGCCGAGCAGUCGCAGGCGGGGAAGGGGAAUCGCCUGUCGCCGCGGUGGGUUGGUGGCUUCUCUGAGUUCUCCCUCUUGGAUGCCCUCCCCUCCCGCUCGCUCGCUUCUCCCCCACUCCACGCGCCGAUCCGCCAGCCAACAAACCACCAGCCGAUCCAAUUGACGACGACGACGAGGAGGAGGGGGCGAGGUAUCCGUGCUGACUCUUCCCUUUCUCUUCUUCCUGCCCACGCUGCCGCGCCUGCACGGCGUCGAGCCCCAGCAGCCGUGGCCGGCCCGGCGCCAGGGGCAAGAACCGGUGUGCGCGCGACGGGCGGGGGAGCAGCAGCGCGAUGCUGUGGGCGGCGCGCGCGUCGGGGUUCUUCUCCGCGGCCAUGCUGAUGGUGGUCCUCUCGCCGUCGCUGCAGUCCUUCCCGCCGGCCGAGGCCAUCCGGUCGUCGCACUUCGACAGCCACGUCCGCUUCCCGGGCCAGAUCGCCGCCGGCGGCGCCAGGGGCCUCCCCUUCCGCCGCGCGCCCUCCUUCCGCAAUGCCGCCGACUGCGCCACCCCAACCACCACCAACACCACCACCGUCUGCGACGCCUCCCUCGUCCACAUCGCCAUCACCCUGGACGAGGGCUACCUGCGGGGCUCCGUCGCGGCCGUCCACUCCGUGGUGCAGCACGCCGUGUGCCCGGACACCGUCUUCUUCCACUUCCUGGUGUCGGACCCGAGCCUGGGCGACCUGGUCCGCGCCGUCUUCCCGCAGCUCCGCUUCAAGGUCUACUACUUCGACCCGGCGCGCGUGCGCGGGCUCAUCUCCUCCUCCGUGCGCCAGGCGCUGGAGGAGCCGCUCAACUACGCCCGCAACUACCUGGCCGACCUGCUCGACCCCUGCGUGCGCCGCGUCGUCUACCUCGACUCCGACCUCGUCCUCGUCGACGACGUCGCCAAGCUCUGGCGCACCGACCUGGCGGGCCGCACCGUCGGCGCGCCAGAGUACUGCCACGCCAACUUCACCAAGUACUUCACGGCACGGUUCUGGUCCGACCACCGGCUCGCGGCCACCUUCGCGGGGCGCCGCCCCUGUUACUUCAACACGGGCGUCAUGGUGCUCGACCUCGCCCGGUGGCGGCGCGCCGGCUACACGCGGCGCAUCGAGCGCUGGAUGGAGACGCAGCGGUCGGCGGCGGCGUCGCCGGAAGGCCGCAUCUACGAGCUAGGCUCGCUGCCGCCGUUCCUGCUGGUCUUCGCGGGCCACGUGGCGCCCAUCGAGCACCGCUGGAACCAGCACGGCCUCGGCGGCGACAACGUACACGGCAGCUGCCGCGACCUCCACCCGGGCCCCGUCAGCCUGCUGCAUUGGUCCGGCUCCGGCAAGCCAUGGGCGCGCCUCGGCGCAGGCCGGCCGUGCCCGCUCGACGCCCUCUGGGCGCCCUUCGACCUCUACGGCCCCGACGCCGCCGCCGUGGAGACGUCCCGGUAAACCACCACACUGCUACUGCUACUGCUACAGAAAGAUUCUUUUCCUUCUUUCGACGACGACCUUCCUCUUCCUCUUCCUCCCGUAUAAAAUCCUGAGCACUCAUUCUUGGCCACCUCCUCCGUUACAUGUUCAGAAACCUACUCAUAUAAUUUUUUCUUCUUCUCCUUCUUCUCUCUUCAUGCUGUUCAAUUCAAUGUUUUGUGUCUCCUGCUGCUAGAUUGUUCGUGUUCUAGUGAUCUGCUGCUGUUGUUGUUGCAUAUACAGUAUUUUUGAUCGUU